AUGACUUUAGGUUUGCUCAACCUACCUAAAUUGUACACUAACAUCCGCAACAGCCUCAAAGCGCAGAUGCAGAACGUCGGUUGGGUUAAUAAAAGCGUUUCCGGGGCAGCAGUGUUCGAUGCUCUAUGCCUGUAUUUGAUGAACUUACGCUCCCUCCGUGCUUUCCUGCCUAUUUGGACAGGAGUCGAUUCCGAAGCCCGUAGAGCACUCGCGGACGCUUUGAAGUGGCUGAUUGGUGAUGUUGGACAGAAGGAAAAGCUAUCGAGAGGGCAGGGAAAUCGCGAGUACAGAGAAGCUGCCGGCGAUAGUGAUGAUGAUGACGACGGUGGACAGCCCGCCCAACGCUCUAGGAAGCGUAAACGGGAUCCAGUGUCCGCAGAUCUCGAUAGACCUUCCAUAACGGUCACGGUGGUAGACCCCGAUGCUCUAGGAGCAUUCUUCAACGUUGUCCUGCCUCCUACCUAUGACUGGAACGAUCCACAAAAUGAGCCUUCGUUCAUUGGAAUUCUGACAAAGAUAACGUUUCCAGAGCUCUGCAAUUUGAUCCUGAAGCACACCGCAUCCGGCAGCGCAAUCAGGAGUAUCUGGGGAGCACUGGAUAACGUUCCACCGGCAUCCAAUCCACCUGUUCGGCCAAUGGAGGUCCAAAUCACUGAUUCGGAAGAGGUCGAAGGUUGGUUGAAGAAUAGCGUUGGCAGGCCUAGGAGGAUACUGGCGGUGCUCCACAGAGCAGACGAUUAUACCAUGAUCGAUAUUCCUACAGAGGACUCUGAUUAUGAGGAGGGAAGCCACCGCAUCAAUGCUAAAGGACUGAGGGUAUAUUUACCCAGAACUGAUGCCAGUAAUCAAAGGCUAAUCCAGACUCUUGUUAGACGUCGAGAUAGACAGGAGGAUGCUAUCGACGACUUAGACCCCAAAUACCUGAGGAAAUAUCCUUUGGGUGUUGGGGUUGCUGACCCGAACUUUGUACAGGGAGUAAUCUGGACGCCUGCCGGGAUAGCAGCCAAGAGAGCUGCUGACGCACUCGCGGCUGCUGGUGGUGGAGGCGGUGGUGGAGGCGGUGGUGUUGGUGGAGGCGGUGGUGGUGGUGGUGGUAAUUCUCCUCCGGGCGGACCUCCGGGCGGUGGUGGUGAUGGCGGGCAUCAUUAG